AUGGGUGUUCCAGCAUUAUUUAGAUGGCUAUCUCGUAAAUACCCAAAGAUUAUAUCACCUGUUGUGGAAGACGAUGUCACGCAAGAAAUUGGUGCAGCGCAAUUCAGCGAUCCAAAUCCAAAUGGUGAGUUAGACAAUUUAUAUUUAGAUAUGAAUGGGAUUGUUCAUCCCUGUUCCCAUCCUGAACACAAACUUCCACCAGAGACAGAAGACGAAAUGUUUUUGGAUGUUUUUAAAUAUACUGAUAGAGUGUUAUUGAUGGCAAGACCUCGAAAAGUUUUAAUGAUCGCUGUUGAUGGGGUUGCACCAAGAGCUAAAAUGAACCAACAAAGAUCAAGAAGAUUUAGAUCCGCACAAGAUGCGAAAAUUGCACACGAAGAAAAAGAACGCCAAAUUAGAGAGCGGGAAUCGAGAGGUGAACUGAUCGAUGAUGCAAUCAAAGGUAAAAAAUCAUGGGAUUCCAAUGCUAUUACCCCGGGCACACCGUUUAUGGAUAGCUUAGCACAAGCAUUAAGAUACUGGGUAGCCUAUAAAUUAGCAACAGAUCCCGGCUGGGCAAAUUUGCAAGUCAUUAUUAGUGAUGCAACCGUUCCUGGUGAAGGUGAACACAAACUUAUGAGUUUCAUAAGACUGCAAAGGCUGGAUCCAGAAUAUGAUCCAAAUACGAAGCAUUGUAUCUAUGGGUUGGAUGCUGAUUUAAUUUUCUUGGGGUUGGCAACUCAUGAACCACAUUUUAGGGUUUUAAGAGAAGACGUCUUCGCCAAUCAAUCAAGACAGAUGAGAAUAUCCGAUCAGCUUCUGAUGACUCAAGAUCAAAAAGAUUCCAUAGCGGAACAAGAUGCGAAGAAACCUUUCUUGUGGCUACACGUUAAUGUAUUGAGAGAGUAUUUGGAAAUUGAAUUAUAUAACCCACAUUUAUCUUUUCCAUUUGAUUUAGAAAGAGCAAUUGAUGAUUGGGUGUUCAUGUGUUUCUUUGUUGGUAAUGAUUUCUUACCUCAUUUGCCAAGUUUAGAUGUUAGAGAUAAUGGUAUUGAUAUACUUGUUAAUUGCUGGAAGAGAAUGUUACCGAAACUACGGGAUUACAUAACUUGCGAUGGUAAUCUUAACUUGGAGAGUGUUGAAAAGUUACUAUCUAGUUUGUCGUACAAAGAAGAUGAAAUCUUUAGGAAAAGACACGAAGGAGAAAAGAGAAGGGAAGAGAACGACAAGAGACGUAAACUUGCCCAAGAAGAAGAGAAAGCAUUAAAGAAUCAAUACAUACCUCAAGUUUCAAAAGGUAGCGAUAAGGCCCCAUUAACAGCUGAUAUUAAUAUGCCCUUGUUAUCUACAAGCGGCGAUGCUGUUGAGGGUUAUGCACAGUUAUCGAAUAAAGAUAUUGUGGAGAAUCGAGAUGUUAUUACAAAGGCGAAUAUGUCUAAUGCCGACGCUGCGGCAGCUUUAAAGAAGUUGCUUGAUUCUAAAAAUAAUAAGGAGUCCGACAAAAAUGUGAGUGCAUCUGCAGCAAUCCAGGAACAGCAGAAUAAACUGGAUAUAAACACUACUGAGAAUUCGAAAAAGAGGCCAAUCGAUCAAGUGGAAGCUGAAUUACCAAAACCAGAUGAGAAUGGUGAUUCUGUUAGGAUGUGGGAACCAGGAUAUCGCCAGCGAUACUACCAAAGUAAAUUUGGUGUAGUAUCAGAGGAGGAAAUCAACAAAAUUCGUCGUGAUAUGGUCCGCUGUUAUUUAGAAGGCAUUUCCUGGGUAUUAUUAUACUAUUACCAGGGAUGUCCCUCAUGGCAGUGGUAUUAUCCAUAUCAUUAUGCACCUUUUGCAGCAGAUUUUGUAAAUAUAAAUGAUAUUAUUGGUGAACAAGGUAUCAAGUUUACACUUGGAGAACCAUUUAAACCGUAUGAGCAGUUAAUGUCAGUGUUACCAGCGGCUUCCGGACAUAAUUUACCUGAAGUGCUUAGAAUCUUAAUGUCAGAUCCAAGUAGUGAAAUACUUGAUUUUUAUCCUGAGGAGUUUCAAAUUGAUAUGAAUGGUAAAAAGAUGAGCUGGCAAGGUAUAGCAUUAUUGCCGUUUAUUGAUGAAAAUAGACUACUCGAAGCAUUGGAGAAACGGUACCACUUGUUAACCGAUGAUGAAAGAGAAAGAAAUACUUUGAAGAAUGAAGUCUUAUUCAUUUCAAACCAAAAUAAAAACUAUAAACGUUUCUAUAAUGAAUUAUAUGAUAACAAUGUAAAAGAAUUAAAAUUCAGGUUUAGCAGAUCUAGUUUAGCAGGAACCGUUAUCAAGAAUGAGUACUUUGUCCCGGAUGGAAUAACUAAGUUUCCUUUAAGUGAGGGUGAUAUGCCAGAUUUAAAUAAUAUUGAAUUUUUCCAAUCGUCCUACAAAAUGCCAACCAAAAAGAUGGGUAAAUCAAUGCUUAUUAAUGGAUAUAUUUCACAUACUAGAACAUUAACCCAAGAAGAUAGGGAUUCAAUACUUCACGGAAAUCAGAGAAAUGGUGGCUACAAUAGGUUCCGUACACCAAAUGAUAAUAGUGGAUACGUGAAUAAAGGUCCAAGUGGCAAGGAAGACUAUUUGAUAUACUCUAUGAGAAGAGGCGGAUAUAGAGCUUUCAUGCACAAUUUGAAAAAUCAAAAUCAGCAACACCAACAACCUGUUCCUAUGAAUGCGAUGGCUAAUAAUAGUUAUGAUAAUCAAUAUAACAGCUAUAGUAACAAUAACAACUACAACAAUAAUUACAAUGGUGGUUAUCCUAAUCAGAGCAACAACAACUACAGUAAUCAGAAUAGCUACAACAACUACAGUAAUCAGAAUAGCUAUAACAAUUACAAUAACCAGAAUAGCUACAACAAUUACAAUAACCGUAACAACCAUGGUAAUUAUAACAACUAUAAUAGAUAUAAUAAUCAAGGUAGUAAUUAUGACAGGCAAGGCCAAGGAAAUGCGUCCAGUAACAGAUCUGGAUAUAUCCCAGCACCCAAUCGAACUGGUAAUUUUAGAAAUAGAAAUGGUUAUAAUCGUUAG